AACUUUGGUAUAAAGAAAGGUAUAUAUGUAAUAAUGGCUUUGUCAGAUUCAAAAGCUUCCCCAAACAGGAUUCAGUACGAUGACGGGUUGGAUGGUAAUGAUGAGAACGCUCUGCAAAAACAUGUUAAUUUCUUCGAUCGGAACCAAGACGGAGUUAUUUAUCCUUGGGAAACUUUUCAAGGUUUUCGUGCAAUUGGGUGUGGCAUUUUCUUGUCCACCUUUGCUUCCUUUUUUAUUAACGCCGGACUCAGUCACAAAACUCGUCCUGGUAAAUUCCCUUCUCUACUCUUCCCAAUUGAGGUAAAAAACAUCCACAAAGCCAAGCAUGGUAGUGACUCUGGUGUCUAUGACACAGAAGGCAGGUUUGUUCCUUCAAAGUUUGAGGAGAUUUACAGCAAGCACGCACGUACAAAUGCAAAUGCCUUAACAUCAGAUGAAUUAAUGGGAAUGCUACAGGCAAACAGGGUCCCAAAGGACCACAAAGGAUGGCUUGCAAGCUAUACGGAGUGGAAGAUCUUAUAUGUCCUUUGCAAGGACAAGAAUGGUUUACUGCAAAAAGAGACAAUCCGAGCUGUUUAUGAUGGAAGCCUGUUUGAACAGAUGGCAAAGGAGAAAGCUUCAUCUGGGAAACAAGCGUGAAUUAACCAAAACCUAGUGAUAAUUGACGCCUUGCUUCAAAUUUCAUACCUUUUUUUUUUUCCCUGUGUAGUUUGAUAUAUAAAAAAAUAAAUGGUUAAUUUAUC